AUGGAGUCCCCCGGCGCCUACCCAGAGUCGCCCGGCAUGGACGAGAUGGACGUCAUCUACCACUGCAAGGGCUGUGGCGAGAUCUUGGAGGAAGGCAAGGCCUUCGAGCUCGCUGGCAACCGGUGGCACAUUGACUGCUUCCGCUGCAACACCUGCGGCACCCUGCUCGACUCGGACGCGAACCUCCUGCUGCUCGGCGACGGCUCCCUCAUCUGCAACAAUUGCACCUACAGCUGCAGCGCCUGCAACAGCAAGAUUGAAGAUCUCGCCAUCCUCACCGGCGACCAGGCCUUCUGUGCGAGCUGCUUCCGAUGCCGCAACUGCAAGCGCAAGAUCGAGAAUCUCCGCUAUGCGAGGACCUCGCAGGGCAUAUUUUGCAUGAGCUGCCACGAAUCGCUCAUGGCUCGACGGCGGAAAAAAACAAAGGCUAAUCGACAACUGGCCGAUCCAAAGGCCCCGGUGGUGCUGGAUAAGUCGCUCCCCGCCCUUCCUCCCGGUGCCUCUCAUGCCAGCUCUUUCUCGCCCGAUCUGGAGACGCCGCCGGAAAUUGACACUCCAGAUGAGCAGCCGCCCCGCCCGCGCGCUGCGACGUCAGGCGCCAACGCAAAUCUGCUCCGCGAAGCCUCGCCCGCUUCGUCCGACAGCCGCAAUGAACCGCAAACUCUGCCGGCCAGUACCUACAGGGAGAAGAGGCGGUCGGCAAUGCCCAUGUCCACGAAUUUCGACGACCCCGACGGCAUGUUCGCAAACGUGCCUUUUGCCCUCGACCCGAACCCUGCGCCUGGUCCCUCUCCAUUGGCCGACAGCAGGACGUACAAUAUCGAGGAGGACAAGAAGAACCAGCGGGACUACUUCAAUGGCGGAAAACCUGGCACGACGUCUCACCGCGAGCUGCUGAAAGAGAGCCGCGGGUCCUCGAGGUCUAGCUCGCAGGAGCGGAGAAGCAAAUCCACGUCGAGCCCUCACAUCGCGUUCCAAGAGAAGGGCCGGGCUAUGUCGGGAGAUCGUGUCGACACUGUGCGCCGCAGAGAAGUGCCGUCCGCAAACUCCUCGCCCAGCGUUGGCAAUGAGCGGCCUCGUCCUCAGCACUCGACCUCAGCCUCCACCGCGGGGUCGUUGGGCGAAGGAUUCAAGCUGCAGGAGGUCCCGAAAGACAGAAAGACGACCAGGACUCGGUCGAGGUCCGACAUCCGCUCUCCGGACGACAGCGCAUCGUCGGCCCGGAAGGAUCCCUCGGAGUCGAGUGCCAUUACGUCUCCCGUUUCGACAAACUCCAGCUACACGCCCACUUCGCAGGACUACGAGCGCACGGACGAGCCGCAGCCCAUGUCCGCUCCGUACUCAGCUUCGGCCAUUGAACGGCCUAAGAGAGGUGAUUCCCUUGGUGCGCAGCAGAGGGCGAACACGGGAGGUCAUUCCUCGCCUUCUACGCCCACCGGCCCCCGAGCUGGUCAUGAACGCAAAGCUUCAGCCAACUCCGCGCUUGCUAAUCGCGAUCCCAAUACUCUGACGCAGAUGAACGGUGGUCUAACCAUCUCCAAGCCCGUGGAAUCACCAACUUCUAGGAGCAUUUUGGAUGGCCCGCCUCCCCGAUCCGGCUCGCGCCCAGUCGUUGGCUCCAACAAUGCUGGUGAGUCGUUUACGACGCCCAGAGCUCCACCGCACCCGCCCCACGGCAGCGGACACCAUCGUCCACAGGACUCCAUCAGCAGCACUAUCAGUGACGGCUCGACGCACCCGAUGUCCCCCUCGCUCCUCCGCUACAGUGCCGGUGGCGACUUUUCGGUGGAUGAAGAUAUGGCUCGCAUUUUCAGGGACAACGAAGAAAAUCACUCGUCAGUUCUCCGACGUGUUUCGAAUGCAGUUAAACAUGGCCGCAGUUAUAGUGACAGAGGAUCCAGGUCAUCACUUUCGCAAAAGUGGAAAUCGCCCCACAAUGGUUCGGUGGACAUCGGCAGCCCAUCUUCCGCCUCCCCGGACUCCAAGGAUGAAUCCGCUUACCUUAGGGCCCAGCUCCGCCAGGCGCAGCAUCGCAUUGCCGAGCUUGAGACUGACAUCAGCAAGCUGAAUGAAUCGGCCAGCAAAUCUUCUGAUAUCAAGCAGGUGAAUGCGGAACUAAAAGACAAGAGAUCCACCAUCGCUGUUUUGGAUACGCAGCGCGAAGUUGUCAUGCGUGAGUUGGACAUCAUGACCGAGCAUUUGAAGGCCGCCAAGGAUCAGCAACGGCCGCUGGAUCUUCAAGCAUUCCAGUCUGCGUUCUUCCGUGACUUUGCUUCCGAGUUGGAGAAGUUCAAGGCAAAGAUCAAGACUGAGAUAGAGGAAGCGGUACAGAAGCGCAACGAGGUGAACGAUGACAUCUUCAGCCUCAUCAAGAUGAAGGACAAGGGCUACCAGGAGUACGAGAGUCUCAGCCAGAAGAACACGCAGCUUGCCGAGCUCAACAACCAGCUUGUGCAAACUAUCCAGGACUUGUACAAGUCCUCCAACCGCGGUACUAACGGCCAGGCCAACAACGCCCUGGGUAUUCAACUGAACAACGGUAAAGACAAGGACGUUUCGAUCUCGGAAAUCCAGAAGGCUGUGCAGGAGCACCAGAUGAACCAGCUAGCCGAUAACAUGGAUGAGAGCACUGUGCUCCAGCCUAGGGUCAUCCAGAUUAAGCCCAAGGCGAACAAGUUCAACUGGAAGAAGGGCGGUCAAGCCGUCGCCAAGAACGUCACGAAGGGUCUCAAGGGAGCGUUCGCGUCCCAGCCAAUGCAUCAGCAUGACGCACUCACCGUUGGGGGGGCGCCCUACGGGGCCUUGCAACCCGGUGCCACGCCAUCGCUUGAGCCAUCGGCGGCCCAGAAGGCUGCUGGUGCUGAUCGUGGUUUCGGUGGCUUCUUUGGUGGAGGGCAAAAAGCCGUCCAGAGGCCUAUCCAGAAGCCCGCGCAUAACCACAAUAACAGCACGACUCAAUUGUCUGCUGCGGAGGGUUUGUUUGGCUCCGACCUCUCUGAGCGUUGCGAGUUUGAGAAGGCUACUAUUCCGAGCAUUGUCCGCAGGUGUAUCCAGGAGGUGGAACUCAGAGGUGUCGAUGUCGAGGGUAUCUACCGCAAGAGUGGUGGGUCUGGCCAGGUCAACCAAGUGCGCCUUGGGUUCGAGAAGGAGGCCGAAUACGACAUCUCCGACCCGGAUCUGGAUAUUCACGCUGUCACUUCGGCUCUCAAGCAGUACUUCCGCAGACUGCCUAACCCUCUUAUCACGUUCGAAGUCUACGAUGAGCUCUUGGCCGCCGGUCAGUUCCAUCAAGAUAUCGAGAAGCUGGUGCCCGCCAUGCGUUUGGCCAUCGAUAGUCUUCCGCAGCACCACAGGGACUGCCUUGAGUUCCUCGUCUUCCACCUGGCCCGUGUGAUGGAACACAAGAAGGACAACUUGAUGACGGCCGUUAACAUUGCUGUCGUUUUCGCUCCGACCGUCAUGCGCCCGCAGACGAUCGAGCGUGAGAUGACGGACAUGGGACCGCAGCGCACAGCAGUCCAGGCACUUUUGGAGCACAACAAGGCAAUCUUCGCGCCCGAGGCCGAGGUUCCGAACCAAUUGUAA